AUGGAAGACAUCGCCCUCCGGGCAUCCAAAAAUGUAGAUCGUGCAGAGAACGAUAUUACACUCGCCCUGUCCCGCCCAGACACCAAGCACGAGAACUUGGAACCGCUGCUCGCAAAGUUCCGCGCAGCAUGUCAAGACUACAUCUUCCUCGAUUUCGCGGCUGCGGCGAAGAAGCAAGUGGAAGCGCGUUUGUGGGCCGCGCAUUCCAAGGUAAACUCGAGAUUCAGACCGCUCAUGGCAAGAUUUCGAGAGGCAGAUGGCCAGAAAUUGAAGGUCGAACGCCGGAAAGCUGAGAAACUUUACCUGCUGUUCAUCAAAUCCAGCCAAGCAUUCUAUCGAGGUUACAUUCAGCGUCUUGCCUCGAAUUUCAAGGGUAUUCCGGAGAUCCUCACCUUGGCCUAUGGCAUGGAGCUGGAUACGCUUUCAGCAGACACGCCGCAGCCCGUGGACGCCGUGCUCAAAACAAAGCUCGUUGAUUCGUGUUAUUCAGCCCUGGUGCAGUGCGGCGACCUCUCCAGAUAUCGAGAGACCGAGCUGAAAACACACUUGCGCAACUGGGGUCCCGCUGUAGGGUAUUACAACAAGGCUGCCGUUCUCAAGCCCGCAGACGGCAGAGCGUACAAUCAACUGGCUGUCAUAGCUCUCAGUGACCAAGAUCACUUACGAGCUGUCUACCACUUGUACCAGGCAAUGUGCGUGGAAAUGCCAUUUCCUCAAGCCCGAGGAAACCUGGAGCUCGAGUUCAAGAAACUCCGCGUCAAGGCGAACCAGGGAAAAGCAAUCGCCGAGAAUUCCGAUGUGUUCAAGGGCAAUCCUUACCUCUAUGAACGGUUCCUUUUGUUUCAUGCCCGCUGUUGGGAAGAGAACCCCUCCGAACAGGAAGAGCAGCAAAUGGAGAUCCUCCGGCUCAUUGCUGAUCAAAUUCGGCAGCAGCCUGAGGCUACCAUUCUCAGGAAGUUCUCCUUGAUCAACAUCGCCGCGGAGAAAUCAGCUGCGGAAAAGGUGGACGGCGACCCGUCAGCGUUUCGCUCUUUUGAAAUUCUUCAGUCAUUCAACGUAAAAACAUUCUCUUUGCUUCUCAAACUUGUGCUUGAUGAGCUUCAGCAACUUACGGAAAAUGUUGACCUUCCUGCAACCAAUCCUCUGGCUGAAGUUCCUCCAGUCACGCGACGGACCCUCUCGCAUUUGAGGCUAUACAGCGGCUGGCUGCUUACCACCGUUCAGUACCUUCUGGCGAAUUUGGGGCUCGCUUCCCAGAUGCAGCAGCUGUGGCGUCUGUAUGUCGGAGCACUUAACCUGCUGCUGCAGUUGUUCCCACCCAGCGACGCAGAGAUUGAAUAUCUGCUGAAAGAAGACGCAGAGACUCUUGGUUUUUCUGCUUUUAGCCAGUUCGUUAGGGACAAGCGGUUUCGUCGAUCGAGCCAAUUCAAACCAAUUUAUACCGAAGCAAGCUUUGGCACUGCGAUUCCUAACAAUGAGAUGCUUUUCCGCAUCAAGGAAUUCAUUCGAGACGCCAUGUUUCUAUUCAAGAGUGUUGAGUUCCAUUCUCUCCCCGUGCCUCUGACGUUCGCCGGUAAGCGCUUCGUCUAUCUUGGUGAUGAAGAUAGGCCUGCGCAAGCUGAGAAAGCACCGGGCGCCUCAGCUGCUGAGGCUUUUGCUGGUCGGCAGGCAAGCGUAUCAAGUGCCAAUACCGAUCAACAUGAAAUUGUUCCUGAUGCCGAAGGGUCAAUGGCUUCCCGCAUGGAGAACAUGGUCGAUGACUUAACCCGCCCUGGUGUUCCUUCGCGGGAGAGCAACCGUUCAAGCAUUGCACACGAUUUCUCCGCAGCUCCAAUGAAGACGCCUUUGGCGCAAACAUUCGCGGAUUGGGGAAAUCCACCAUCGCAGCCUGCUACAGUCACUGCACGGGAUCUCGUGCAGCGGAUGCAGCACUCGUCGUCAAGCGCCUCGCAACCUAGUCCGAGAGCCCAGGCUAUCAACAUUGCACCGCUGCCAUCUAUCUGGAAUACUCCGUUUGCGCCGCGACCAGGGGAAACACCCGAGUCAUCUCCCCGGCCAAGCAGUGCUCAUCGGUUUACGCACCCACCUUCGGUGCCUCAAAAUCUGAACAGCUCUGCGGAGUUCCAUACGAAUCUUGUGCACUUGCAAGAGGAAAUCCAGACGAGAACGUCCCCUCAAUCUUCGUUUCAGCCAACGAUGUCGAGCCAUUAUGACACGCCGACCAAUCUCACAUCCUGGAUCCGAGCCCACGACCAAAUACAGCCUCCGUCCUCGCCUUGGCAAAGCCCAUUUAUCAGUGCGGUGCCUCUCCACCAGACUCCCGUACCUACGAAACAUACCAAUGCGUCUCCUUAUGGUGCUAUUGGCGAAUCACGGCCAAGGAGUAGUCGCACUCCGAACAGUAGUCAACCCGGGUGA